CGUGCGUAGCUUGGGUCGUGCGUGUUUUUAUCAGCACUAUAUUGUUUGCAUCCAUUGUAUAAAGAAAUAUGACACGAAAAAUUGCUCGGUGUAGUCAUAAUUCAUACGUAUCUGUCGUGUUGUAACGGAAAAAAGUUUAUUUAUUAUAAAUCGUGCCGUGCCGUAUUUUAUUGGUCCGCUACAUAGUAAAAUAAUGAAUUUAACACGCCGCCGCAGUCUUCUGUUUGAAUUGUCGUGAGCCUUGUUGUGGGAUCGAUUUUUAGGUGUUAUUAAUGAAAUUACGGAGGUGCUCGCGAGUGAUAUUGUUACAUAAAGAACCCGUUUUAAAACACUCCCGUUACGGUGGUGUUCAGUCUUGUUCGAGCUGUGGAGCGCUUAUAAUCGAUAUAAGUUAAUAAAAAAUGCAUAUUUUCCCCAUGGUUUCAUAAAGGAUCGGGUCAAUACAGUGCCGGCUCGACCUGCGUUACGAAUGUUGUUGAUUCGCUUUCAAAAUGUGCUAUUGUUGAUGACUGCAGUGCGACCGAUUUAUUUAAGUUUAAAGUGAUUGUGUGAUUAUGACAACAUACUUACUGUUUUGUUGUGCCACGGAGUUUUUCACAGCGAGAGAAGCCGCAUCGUCCCGCGAAUGAUUUCAAAAAUAAACAAAUCUAUAAUUACAUCAAGAACUCGAAAAACGAAUAGAAUAAUAAAUUUUACAUCAGUAUUAUGUAAGAAUAAGUGAUUCGUUUCGCUAAUCCGCCAUCUUGUGUGCUAUGGCCGCCAUCUUGAAUAUAUUUCGUGUUAAAAUGGGUGUGUUGAUAGCAAGGAUCUGUCUGCUUCUGAUGCUGGCCGUCUACUCUUCAUAUGGCGGCGGCUGCAACUUCCCAGAAGGCUGGACGGGAGGCUGGUUCCAGUCGGGCAUACCAGGACUCAUCUACAUCAACUCCACCACCAUGCAGGGCAAGGGGGACUGCGCUGAAACAGACUCCAAUGAUAAGUUCCUGGUUUACGACAGGAACGAAGACUGCUACAGAUGUCUAGUUAUACAUGAAAAACACAAAUACGUACUACAGUAUAAAGAAACAUACUGCAGAGAGCGAGACUCCCUAUCAACAAUGUGUGAGUCCAUAACCGGGGACGCAGCCCUAUACUCCAUGUUCAGGAAGGAGCCCCGGCCGCUACCGGAGCCCUGUCCCUUCCAUCCAGCGCCGUUCACAUUUACUUACAGUCGUGGCUCGGGCGACUGCGCGAAUCCGCCGUCUCGCGCGGAGUCGUGCACGGAUGACUCGCGUCUGCUACUGCGGUACAUGGCCUGUCCUGAUGUGCCGGGCACUGAGAGCAACGUUGAGGAGCUGAUCUGCUUGGCCACAUGGAAGGAAGGCUCCACGCGGUACCUGGUGGGUCUCAUCUCACAAGUACAGAGAAGAAACUCGAUCUCCACUGAUGAGGAUAUGUACAGAUGUUUCGUGUAUAAAGGCCAGCACGCUGACAAGACAGUGACGUACACUAUAGCACAGUCCGGCGACGCCACCUGCAAUGGACUCACCUCUUCUGUUGACGGCAGUCGGACUAUGAAGCUUACUAACAUCGACGACGAACACAAUCGAUGUCACUUCCCGAGCUGGGUGGUGGAACACCACAAGUGGUUCAGUCUGGACCACACGCACCAGUACCAUUUCACCACCAAGAACGCCACGCUCAAGAUUAUGAAUGAAGACGGUUCGUUCGAAGAGAAGCGACUAGUGUGCCACUCUAUCCUGGAACAGAAGGACAAACAAUACGUCAAGCUGGUCGCACAUCUCACUAGAGGAUGCGAGUCGGGGCACGUGUGUGUGUCGGCGUGGCGGCGCGGCGGCGGCGUGCUCGAACUACAGCUUGGCGCCGCACUACACGACGCGCCGCACCACGCCUGCACGCACGGACACUACGCGGCCCACGUCACGCUGCUGUCAACCUCCCUGUAUCCGAUGCGUUGUCCAAUGCUGGGCCGCUACACAGUCGUGGACUCACUCGCCGACAGACGGAGGAGGCGGCAACAACUUACUAUUGACGACGCGACCGGCGAGGAGGCGGCGGAGAAGCCCGUGGAGUGCGUCAUGGGCCAGUACGACAGCGCCAGCGUGGGCUGCGGGGCCGCGCAGGACACCAUCGUCUUCCAGUCCGCCUGCACCACCACCGUGUACACGUGCUACGGCAGUUGGCGCGAGGGCAGCCUGGGGCUGGUGGUGGCGGGCGCGGCGCGGGGCUCGGCCCGGCCGCACGCGCUCUGCUUCCUCUACACCAACUACAUCGCCAAUGACUCGUCUGGUACAGCGGUCCAGUACCUGUCCCUGUCGGGAGUGUCCCGGUCGUGCGACCGCGCCGUGCUGCCUGGCCUCGCGGGGGACAAGGCGUACAAUCUUACGCUCAAUGGUACGUGUGAGCAGAGUAGCAAGUACAACAGUCUAGCAGUGAAACUGUACCCAGCGUUAGUAGUUCUGCUGAUACCCCUCGCGAUUCUAGCGCGGUGAUACGCCGCCUACCGCUGAGGCGAGACGGGGCUCCCACUGCAAAGGGUUUAAAUAUUUUUUAGUUCAUUUUUUGUUUUUUUACUGAAGUCCCAUAUAUAUGUCAAAAAUAGAAUUAGAUGUUACUUUACUGAAAUCCGUACUAUAGUAAAAAAUGUCUACAUUUUUAUUCCACCAAAUCUGAUUAGUCCGUCGUCAGUUAGGUAAUAAAAAAAAUGUUAGACACGUAUUUUUUUAUUUUGUCAUAUAAGAAAACAAUGCUUAGA